UGCAGCAGGUUCCACAAAGUAACACAGACAACACGUGUGUUAGACAGAUGUUUACAGAUGAGUCCAUCGCGUGUGUGGAGACUGAGGCCUGCUCGUCAUUGGUCAGAUCCUCACUCCGCGAACACCAAUCAAAUGAAGCGAAGCAGCAGCUGAGGGGGGAAGUUGUUGAGUGAUCAGAGAAGCUGCAGCUUCACCUCCGGCAGGAAGCGUGUCUCCCCAAAGUGUUUGUUUUGGCUGCAGCUGCGUCUCUGGAGACCAGGUUUCUCGGCAGGAUGGAGUCAUCUCUGGAGUUUUCCAACUCUCUGGGCAGCGUGUCCUCCCUGAGCCGCUGUCGGACCUUCAAGGUGCUGGUGAUCGGAGACUCCGGGGUGGGGAAGACCUGCCUCACACACCGGCUCUGCGCCGGACAGUUCCCCAGCAGAGUGGAGGCCACCAUCGGAGUGGACUUCCGCGAGAGACAGCUGGACGUCGAUGGAGAAAAAUUAAAGCUCCAGCUGUGGGACACAGCAGGACAGGAGCGCUUUCGUAAGUCCAUGGUGCAGCAUUACUAUCGGAACGUCCACGCCGUGCUCUUCAUUUAUGACGUGACCUUCCCCGCCAGUUUCAGCGGCCUGGUUUCCUGGAUAGAAGAGUGCAGGCAGAACUCAGUAGGACAGGAUAUCCCAAGAUUCCUGGUGGGUAACAAAAGUGACCUCCGUGACCCCAGAAGGACUGAGGGCCAGGUGAGCCAGGAGCGGGCGAUGAGCUUCGCCAAAGCCCAUGGCAUGAUGUUCUUUGAGACGUCGGCCAAGAACCCGCCACUCAAGCGUGUGAACGGACAGCGAGGAGACAGAGAGGUUUCAUAUCAGCAGGAUAAGGUGGAGGACAUCGUCCUCGCCGUCGGCGCCAAGCUGAAGAGACAGAAAAAACCUUUGGCAGCGAACACUGCGACGUACAAUGGGUCCUUUAAAGUCCUGAGCAAGAAAAGAGCAGAGAAAGAGCAGUGGACCUGCUGCUGAGACACAGAGGGAGGAGAGACUGUUGGACUUAUUAGCUCUUUCUAUGAGCGUUUGAGAGAAUAUAUGUAAAAAUGUUCAUUUCGGACCAAACACAACUUUGACAUAUAAAAUAUAGUGGCUUUCAGUCCCAUGCAGAACUUUAGUAUUUAUAAAAAAAAAGUGAAAUGUCCUACUUGGAUAUUUUGUGUAUAUUUGUGAUCUUAUUGUUUACAAUAGUUGCAAAAUAAAUAAAAUGUGAAUGUAGCUGUUAUUCAGCUGAGGCUCUGAUCCAAAUGACUUUUCAGUGCAGUGACAGCAGCGUGUGUGGUGUCACUGGGAACCAACUGUGAUGACCAGUCACACAUAUGCCCAUGUUAAAGGAAAACAUUUCAAUCACAAGGUGAUCUAAUUUCAUCACGGAAACUCAUAAUGUGACUCAGUAGUGUGCAUGAACUUCGUCAUCCAGGAACUGCCUACACACUCUGGCCACAUGAGCCCGGGCAUUGUCCUGCACCAGGAGGAACCCAGGGACCACUCCACCAGCAUACGGUCUGGGCUGUGAGCACAGGUCCCACUAGAAGAUGUCGUAGUUAGUCAUGCACACCAGUAGCCUGCUGGAGGUCAUUUUGUUGGGCUCUGGCAGUGCUCUUCCUGUUCCUCCUCACACAAAGUAGCAAUUACUGUUCCUGCUGCUGGGUUGAUGCCCUUCCUUGUGUCACAGCCGGUCCCCUGGUACCUCCUCCGUGCUCUUGAGAUUGUGCUGGGAGACACAGCAAACCUAACGUAAGGACUAGCUGGACAACCUGUGCAACCUGCAGGUACCGCCUCAUGCUACCAGUAGUGACAAGGACACUAGCAGAACACAAAACCAAAGAAGAAUCAGUCUGGAGGGAUAAAGAGAGAUCAAUCGUCUGUUGCUAAAACCGUUCUCUUUCUGAGGGUUGUCUUGGUUUUGCCUCCAUUGCACCUGUUGUCACUUUAAUUUGCACCAAAGCAGGUGAACGUUAUUCACAAACACUUGUUUCCUAAACAGACACAUUGAUGCCUGGUGUUUUAAACUGACUUUGUUAUACUUGGACGAUUUAGUGUUCCCUUGUUUUUUUUUGAUCAGUGUAUAUUAUGAUUUGUCUCUAUACAAAUAAAAUUGAAUUAAAUUA